AUGGUAAGAAAAAAGAGAGUGAAACCUGAUCAGGAUGCAAAAGAAACAAUCAUAUCAGGCAAAGACAAAGCCUUCAUUGAGGGACGAGAAAUUGACACAUUUAAAGGGAGGGGUGUGUUUGCUCUGGAACAUAUUGAACCAUCCACUUUUGUAGUUGAAUACCGUGGGAUUCUCUCUCAAAGUAAACAUGUUAAAGAUUUUCAAAGCAACUACUUGUUUGACUUUACAUGGAAUGGAACAUCUUAUUGCGUUGAUGCUUCCAAAGAGGACGGAACACUUGGACGACUGGUGAAUGAUGAUCACAGAAAUCCAAACUGUAAAGUAGAGACAAUAAUUGUAAAUGGAACACCACACCUGUGCCUGUUUAGUAUUAGGGAUAUCUUUCCAGGUGAGGAGGUAACUUACAACUAUGGGGAUUCUUCUUGGCCAUGGCGUUCAAGGGAAUUACGUGACGAGACAUCGGUGGAAUUGAGCAAAUGCGGUGUGCAAACAUCCACACAAGAGAAAGAGAACGAAUUAUGUGACGAGACAUCGGUGGAAUUGCGCAAAUGCAGAGUGAAAACAUCCACACCAGAGAAAGAGAACAGUGAAAACAUCCACACCAGAGAAAGAGAACGAAACAAAACAAGGAUGGAGUUGACCCAGGAUGAGGCAGAGAGUUCCACCGGAAAAAGAAAAAUGGAUGAAGUGGAGAACUCCAGAGAGGCCAAAUCAAGGAGAACUGUGAAAAGGCCAUGGAGCCCAAAUGAAGUGAAUGCUGUCAUGAAGUAUUUCAAAGCACAUAUUUUAAAGGGAAGCCUCACAACAAAGGCAGAGUGUGAGCAGUGCAAAACUGCAGAGGACCCUGUUCUUAGAGAAAGAACGGUACAGAAUAUAAGGGAUUUCGUGAGGAACCGAGGUUUGCAGUUUAAAAAGAAAAAUUCUUAG